AUGAACAGAGUUUCAGUUUGGCAAGAAUUCAAUGCAUGCCAAUUUGUUGUUUCAUUUUGUUUACUUAUCUUUAGUAUUCUUUAUGCUUUUCGUGAACAGUCAUUCAUUUAUUGGCCAUAUUGGUUGGUUUUUUUACCAUUAUUUAUUUGGAAAAGUUUGGCAAUUGUAGGAGCUAUUAUUGGUAUUUGUACUUAUUGUUGCAUUCGAUCGAGAAAUCGUGAACGUAAUUCACCAAUUCAAUGUCGAGCAUUAUUUUUUAAUUUAAUUGAAACAAUUCUUUUACUUUUUUUUGAAAUCUUAGUAUGUUAUAAUCUUGGUCAACCCUAUGGUUCUGACUCUCGUUUAACAUGGAUUAUUUGUUUUUUACCACUAAUUAUUCUUUCAAUUAUAUCCGUAUUUACUUAUGUUUGGUUAUUACGUCAUGGUCGAUCUUGGGAGAUUCAAGCAUUAUUUGUUGUUAAUAUUCUACAAUUUAUUUUUUUUGCUCUUAAAUUAGAUAAUAGUAUUAUUACAUGGAACUAUGCGGCAGUAUUUAUUCCACUAUGGAUUGUAAUGGGUAUAUCAAUUAUUUUUUGUGUUGGUCGUCUCAUAUGGACAUUUGUACAUUAUCAUCGUAAUGAUAUUAAUCAAAUUGCAAAUGGACAACAAAGAUUAAAUCGACGAUAUUGUCAUAUUUUAGCAAGCCCAACUGUUGGACAUAUAUAUGUACUUUUAUUUUUACUUAUUUUUCAAAUUCUUUUAGUCUUGUAUUUAGAACGUAUUUUUGAUCUUUCAUUUAUUGUUGUUUGUCUACCAUUGUAUUUUGCAUUAAUUAUACUUAUUUAUAUGUCAUUUGGUAGUCGAGUACCAGCUAAUCAUUGGUGGUUCGGUUUACGACAAGAUGCAUGCGAGUGGCUUUUACAUUUAUGUCCGAUAUUUGAAACCUAUGCCAAUAUUGAAUAUAAUUUUACUACAUCAAAUUCUCCAACAAUAUCAUUGCAUAAUGUUAAUUCAAUAAGAGUAAAUUCACCAGUAAUAUCGAAUGAUAAUCUCGAAUCAUCUCGUCGUCAUCAUCAUAGACAUUCACGUAGAUUUUUUUUUCGUAAAAAUUCAUCUUCAUUCUAUGAUCAAACUAAAAAUGAUCAUCUUGAAAAUGAAUUAUUAACAACAGUAAUAUUACCUUCAUCAAAUAUUUUAAAAUUGCAUGAACCUGAUUAA